AUGAACUCCGUACUGUUCAUCUUCAUUCUAGACAGUGCAGUUAAUGUCGCCGGCCAUGCUGCUGACUUUACACACCUUGAUCCACUCGCCAACAUCACCAUGGGUGGACCAACCGAAGCUCAAGAUUGUCAUCGUCAUCCAGAACUGAAAAGGAAGGUCUAUUCUGCGCUGCAGGAGGGUGAUGAGGGAGAAUUGUCGAUUGGAAUUCCGGCGCAGGUGGUCCUCAAGCAGUCUGGCCACUCUUCAUCGGGGAAUAUGUUUCGAAACGAUGUCGCAACGCCGGAGCCACAGACACCAAGUUUCCCCCAGACACAGGCCACGACGCCAGAGUUCUCUCCUAUUACCAUCAACAUCUCCUACAGCUUGCGCAAUCCCGCUGAUGGGUUCGAAUUCGUCCUCCCGAGUGAUUCGUAUCCUUUCCGUCUUCCUCAUGCGUAUACUACGCCUUCCUCCCCCGAUUCCGCCAGGUGCUGGGUCCCGUGCUUGGACAACUUGUGGGAAAAGUGUACUUGGGAGUUCGAGUUUGUCGUGCCUCGCUAUCUAGAGGAGCAUGAUACAAGUCGAGACGACGACGAACCGAGCGACGCCAUUCCAACAAUGGUUGUAUGCAGUGGCGAGUUGGUCGAACAGGUUGCACAUCCGUACAAUUCCAACAAGACGAUCUUCCUAUUCUCUCAACCUGUCCUUACUUCCGUUCAACACAUAGCUUUCGCUGCCGGCCCCUUCCAUUUACUUUCCAUUCCACCUGACAGUACUGCGGAGGAAACAACAGGCUCUUCCCAACCUCAUAUAUACGCGUUCUGCCUGCCAGGUCACGAGCUGUUCCUCAACUCUUCCACAUCGGUGUUACGGUCUGCGAUGUCUUUUUACACCUCCGAAUGUGGUUCCUAUCCUUUCGGCUCGUAUAAAGUGGUGUUCGUUGACCAACUACCCACCCAACGGUUCGAUAGUGCUACACUGUCGCUGUUGACAACAGACCUUCUCCAUGGUGAAGAUGCCAUUGAACAAGCUAUCGAAACAAGGCACGCUCUCAGCCAUGCCCUGGCCUGUCAGUGGUCAGGGAUCAACAUCAUCCCCAAGAGUUGGUCUGAUUUGUGGCUUGUAAACGGCCUCGCCUCCUACGUCACGGGUCUGUUCCUGCGCAAAUUAUUUGGGAAUAACGACUACCGGUUUAGGCUCAAGAAAGAUAUGCAGCGUGUUUUAGCGUGGGAUGUCGGAGGGAUGCCUCCUAUUUGUCAACCUCAAGUCCUGGACCCACCAGAUAGCGCAGCUUUGCCGUUUAUCAACCUCAAAGCUCCCUUGGUUCUUCACAUCUUGGACCGCCGACUAGGCAAAUCUGGUACUUCGUUGGGUCUGAGCCGUGUUCUGCCCAAGCUUUUCUUGUCAGCAAUCAGUGGAGAAUUGCAGAACAAUGCACUGUCUACGCACACCUUUCUCCGAACUUGUCGAAAAGUCAGCGGCGUUGAUCCAAGAAGUUUUGCAGAGCAAUGGAUUUACGGGAGUGGGUGCCCAUCUUUUGGAUUCUCUGCUUCCUUCAAUCGGAAGAAGAUGGCUGUCGAGAUUACAAUGCGACAAGAGGCCCCAGCGGCUGUUGCCUUAGAGAGCAACGAGAUUCUAAGGCCCUCAUGA